UUUCUCACAAACCGAAACUGGUUUUCCAGCCUGCAUGUGGACAGAUCUAACUACACUUACCCUGCUGUUGGAUAUCUAACCUGAGGACUCUUUCCUGAAGGAUAAACAGUGGAGUUGCUUUGUAGUUUUGGGGUUCAUCUGGAUAAAGACUGCAACAAAAUAGCAUUUUUCUUUGUUAUUGAAGCAUAAAGAUAACUCAGCAUCUCUAGGCCUCAACAUACCAUCUGAUCUCUGCUACAAGAGGGGGGUCAUUUCUUCCAUUCUCACUUGUCCAUAAGAGACAAACGCUCCAUCAUGCAGAGCCCGGGACCUGAGCAUGAUGACUCCUUUGACUUUUUGUUUAAGAUCAUUCUGAUCGGAGACUCUAAUGUUGGGAAGACCUGCGUGGUCCAAAACUUUAAGUCAGGGUUUUUCUCUGAGAGACAGCAGAACACCAUCGGAGUAGAUUUCAGUGUGCGGACUUUGGAUAUAGAGGGGAAGAAAAUCAAGAUGCAGGUGUGGGACACAGCAGGUCAGGAGAGGUUUCGGACCAUCACUCAGAGUUACUACCGCAGCGCACAUGGCGCCAUCAUCGCCUAUGAUAUCACACGACACCCCACCUUUGACUCAGUGAAUCACUGGAUCAAAGAGGUGGAGAACUACGGAGCGUCCAAUGUAGUGCUGGUUCUCAUAGGUAACAAAUGUGACCUGGAGGACGAGCGUCAGGUCCCGUUUCAGAAAGCCUGCAGCAUGGCGAAAGAGAGAGGCAUACUAGCUGCUCUAGAAACAUCCGCUAAGGAGAGUCAGAAUGUAGAAGAAGCCUUUAUGAUGAUGGCCAGAGAGCUGCUGGUUCGAAAUGGCCUUCUUGUCCAGCAGGGAGACCUUGGGAAUGUCGAGAACCCUCGGGUUCUGCUCAGGUCCAACUCACGGCCUGUCAACGGCACGGUCGGUGCCUACACACCACCACCACCAGAGAAGAAGGGCUGCUGCUGAUUGUAACUUGGACAAUACAGGGACCAAAGCUAAGAGUUGCCAGUAUGAUGUAUGAGGAAGAGAGAAAGACACUUUUCAACAUUUUAAAUGUUGAAGAAGAGGAAGAAAGAGAUGUCAGAGGAGAACUUGCAAGGCCUCAUGAACGAAGAAUCUUUGAAUCUAGGAAGUUUUGGAAGUUAUUUAAGUGUUGAAAUUCUGUGUACUUUUCUGUGACUUACCUUAACUGAGAGAAUGCUACAAGGACAAGAGAGUCAAACUGGGCUUGUUUGACAAUGCAAGAGUCAGCCAACCUCAUUCAUAUCAGCUAUAUCCAUGUAAAUCAGGAAGACUGUUAAAUUAAUCAAAUCUGACAUUAAUCUAAGGCAUUAAUGUGGUAACUUUAUUACCACAGAAUGUACUCAUUUCAGCAGUCUCUAAACCAGCUGAUGUCUUUUAUUUUGUAAAAUGCAGUCCACUUGCUACAUUGAAUGCAGGGAAGGACUCAUUUAGACUCUGAGUAUUUGACCCGAGUGACUUCUUGCAGUGCCUUAAUUAUUCGAUUGAUCCUCUGCUGCUGCACCCUGAAUAACAAUAUCCUUGAGAAUCUGCUGCAAGCCUGAACACUGUGAAUUUUUGUUUCACUUUUGUGUCAGUCACAAACAAAAAUAAAGUUUAUU